UCUAUGAACACACUGAGGAGAGACAUCAAGGAGAGAACUAACCAGAUAUCAAAGAUGCAGUGGAGUCUGUAUCUGCUUAUUCUGAUGGGUCAGUGUUGCUUCUUUACAUGCCGCCUGUAUGAGUACCACUUUAUUGCAGAAAACAAGAGCUGGUAUGAAGCACAGAGAUACUGCAGAGAGAAAUAUACAGACCUGGCCAAAGUGUUUGACAUGACAGACAUGAGCAGACUCUGUAACUCCACACAGAAUCAAGGAGAAGCCUGGAUUGGACUGAACAACAACACAGGUGGAAACAGGACGUGGCAUUGGUCUCUGCCAGGAGUGGAAUACAUUCAAAAUGACAGCAGCUGGAAUCUGAAUGGAAGAACUGAUAAUGAAAAGCCUGGAAACUGUGGGAGGAAAAGAGACAAGCUGGCAGAUGCUUCCUGUGACUAUCCUAUGUGGUUCGUCUGCUAUGAUGAAAUGAAAAAGGACAAUAAAACAUUGUAUUUGAUAACAACACCUAUGAACUGGACACAGGCUCAGAGCUACUGCAGAUACCAUCACAUUGACCUGGCCAGUGGACUCGAUCAGGUAGAUGGAGGAGAACUCACGAUGAUGAAGAAAAAGAGAGACCCGAGUAGAGCAUGGAUCGGUCUGUUCAGAGACAGCUGGAGGUGGUCAGAUGGGAGUGAUUUCUCUUUCAGAUACUGGGAUAUGCAGUUAUUCAAUGAUACACAAAGCAACAAGACAUGUGCUAUGACUCUGUUAAACAGAUCAGGAAAAUGGAGCUCUGAUGAAUGUGACAAAGAAAAACCCUUCUUCUGUUAUGAUGAUAAAUUGAUCCUGAUCAAAGAAAAUAAGACCUGGGAGGAGGCCUUGGAUUACUGCAGAAAGUCUCACAGGGGACUGGUUUCCAUCACUAACGAUUACCAACAGAGAUGGGUGGAGGAGAGAGCCAAGAAUGCCUCGAGUCCUUUUGUCUGGCUCGACCUGCGCUACUCCUGCACUCUGGAUCUGUGGUUCUGGAUCAAUGACAAGCUGGUCUGCUAUGAGAAGUGGAGCAAAGAGGGAAAGACUGAGGAUUGUGGCAGGGCUGUGGGCAUGCAGAGUGGAGGACAGCAUGAGUGGUUCAGUCAGAGAGACAAUGAGACAUAUAAUUUUAUUUGUUCUGUCAAAUAAGAUUUAAUCAUAACUUAAAUAUUUCACUCUGAGUUAAACUUCUUUGAUUGUUUAGUUUCGUAUUUUUUAGACUUUUCAUGUUCUUCAUUUAAUUUGGUUUCCUUCGUUUCUUCUUGACUGUCUGAUUCAGUGAUAUUAUACUUACUUACUUCAAUAUUACUGCAUUAUUCAGUUUUUACACUUUUGUUGUUAGAUGUUUUGUUUGUUAUAUUUGCUGUUAUCUUUUGAGUAAAUAAAUAGCAAUCGAGUAAAUAUAAAUAAACUAUUUUAAUGUUUUUAAUCUUUAAUGUUUACUAUAUGAUACAAAUCAAUCUCACUGAGAAUUCAGGACGAUUCAUGUCACAAAAGACUUAAAACUACUCUUUUUUUUCAUAAUGAUAUAUUUGAAGUGACAUGUUGUAAACUGAUCAUCUGUGUCUGUGAAGACAAAUAAACUGAGUUGCAGCUGUAACAGUCUACACUACUAACAGUAGUUCUCUGAGCACCUAUUUCUACACAGAUUAACAUAUUAAUAUUUAUUUUAAAUCAUUAGGAAACCAAAUGCACUGUGUUUUCAAAUAACAUUUAAAAUUCGCCAACACACAGAAUGAACUAAGACUUCAUGACAACAUUUUUUCUAGUGUUUUAUGACGUUUUCCACCAAUAGAAACCUUCGACUUGUGGGUCAUUCACGGCAAGCUUUCACCUGGGGUGAGAGUUGAAUAUUUCAGUAGUGAAGCUCCACCAUUUAAAACCAUCACAUUUAAAACAAAAAAAAGGAGUUGAAAAAGCAAGCAUCAACCACAGACCUCUCUAAAGACAAAUAAGAGCUAUGAAAAAGAAAGCCCUCAUUUAAAUCAAUGUAUUUAAUUGUUAUUUCACUGGAGUGUAGUUUAGAAACCAAAACAAAUUCGAAAGUGUUCACAUAGACUAUGACAGCCAAACACCACCAUCUAAUGGCUAUACAGGUUAGCAGCAGAGUAAACAUGUAUUACAUUUCUAAUGUGUCUACAGAUGUGACUGUUACACUUUAUCCACAGCAUAAAGGUGGACUGUGGGAUGUGGGAGAGAUUAGUAGGUUGCAGUUUUGGAAGUUGUUGUGUGUGUAAAAGAUUGGCCAGUAAACUAAUGUUGUUCUCUG